CGCAGUUACUUCACGCAGACGCAGAAUCGACGUCGGAGUGACUAGUGUGUUCAGCUGUCUUUUCAUUCAACCCGCCUGUCACUGCCCGACUGCAAGCAUGGCACUGAUCACAGGGCUUUUUGCGUUUUUCUGGCAUUUACCCCAAAUUUAUAAAUGGAUAUUAAAGCCAUAUUACAGCUUGUCAGUUCUUAUGACUGUGGCAUUCUUGAUUAUUCGCAAGGCUCCUGGCAUAUGCGAACACCUGGCGACGGACCGGGAGGACGGAAACUCCUGCGACUUUGACUGGAGAGAAGUAGAGAUUCUCAUGUUCCUCAGUGCCGUUGUGAUGAUGAAGAACAGGAGGGCUAUCACUUUGGAGCAGCACGUUGGCAAUCUCUUCUUGUUCAGCAAGGUCGCCAAUGUUAUCCUCUUCUUCCGACUGGACAUUCGCUUGGGCCUACUCUAUCUGGUCCUGUGUCUUGCGUUUGUCAUGACCUGUAAACCACCGCUCUACAUGGGCCCAGAGUACAUUAAGUACUUCAGUGACAAAACCAUAGACGACGAGCUGCAGAAGGACACACGCGUCACCUGGAUCGUUGAGUUCUACGCCAACUGGUCCCCAGAGUGCCAGUCCUUCGCCUCCAUGUUUGCUGACCUCUCACUCAAGUACAACUGCAAAGGUCUCAAGUUUGGGAAGCUCGACAUCGGACGGUAUGGAGAGGUGGCUGAGAGGUUCAGGGUCAGCACCUCUGCCCUCACCAAACAACUCCCCACAUUGGUGCUCUUCCAAGGAGGUGUCGAGAUCAUGAGACGACCAAUGGUGGACAAGAAAGGCAGAGCUGUGUCCUGGACCUUCAAUGAGGAGAACAUCAUCCGAGAGUUCAACCUAAAUGAGCUGUUCCAGAAAUCAAAGAAGCAGAAGAAAGCAGGAGCAGAGGAGGUGGUGCCGGUGCAGCCCGCGGCUGUGGAUCCAGACCUGCCCAUCGAGAGCAAGAAAGACCAAUGAGCCAGGGAGACCUGGACCCAGGACAUGGGACUCGGUACACUAUUAACAUCACUUCAGGUGCUCAUACGGCCUGGAUGACUUCUUGUUGAGAUUUGACGUAAAAACAAAGCAGUACUGGUCUGAGUGACAUCCACAUGAGAAACAGAAAGAAUGUACAGUCUGCAAUCGUGCAGAAAUCCUUGUUUUUUAUAUUAUAUCCACCUGUGUCUCUACUGCGGUUGGGUCAGUUUUGUUGCCUUUUACCUACCGUAUAAAGUAAACCUUUAAAUAUUGUUGUGCCUUUUUAUAUGACAUGUCAUCAACAAAGAGAGCAAUGUUUGUAAAGUAAAGUUUGAUUGAACAGGAAAAGUACUUCACUCAUGUGCACACACACACACUAUCCACACACUUAUUCUGAGAACACUUUAAAAACUCUUUAAUAAGGCCAUAUUGGAAAUGUCUUUUACAUAUUCAUUAGAUAUUUGUGGAACAAGUUUCAUUCUUCGCAGCCCGACAAUAGCAGGUUUUUUUUUCUUCUCACUUACACAUGAACGUCUAUCCAGCCACAGAUUGAAAUUGUUCAGAGGCUAUCAAUAUUGUUGCCUUCUCAGGUCCUGUUUGUGCCAUUAAUGCUCUGAAUGACGAUGACUCCAUUUAUUAAUACGCACGGAUUGGUUCAGCACGGCAAACAAAUAAAAACCCAACCCUCAUGCACACCAAAGAUGGCU